UUCACAGUGUUGCUCCAGUAACUUCUCGGCAAAUUCUUCUAAAAGGCUUAGAGUAAACAGGAUUAGAGAGCAUUAAAAAAUCCUCCUCUCUCCAAGAGCCAUCUGCCUUUCUACCUCGGAGCUGUCCUCUCAGCACCGUGACCUACACCUCAUUUUAGCUGUGGAAGAAAGCAGGAAACCAUUGUGUCAUAUGGUCAUCAAAUGAUUUCUUCACAAACUUCUGUUAUUUUUCUGCGUCUGGAGAUUUAUGAACUAUGCAAACUUGUAAGAAGCUGCUUUUGAGAGGACGUGCAUAUCUACUUGAUCCUUUUCCAAGACGGAUUUAAACACAAUCACGGAAGAGACAUGUGCAACCUUUUCAGGAGAUGUGUUUUCUCCUCUGUUGUUUUUAGUUUUGUGGUCCUAUUUUUGGACAUAAGGACAGAUGCAACAAUGGAGGGUUCAUCUAUGGGUUACCUGAGUGUGCCCUACAGUCAGGAGCUUUCAGAAGUUGUUGGUGCACCCGAUGUGGAGGUUUCUGAUGAAGGCCAUGAAGUUGUCUCUCGGCGGAAGAGGAACAUCCUUUUUCCAAAUGGAGUCAAACUCUGCGCACAAGAGUCCGCAGAGCAAGUUGUUGCAAACCACCUGAGCUACUUUAAUCUCAGAGUGUGCCAGGAGACAAUAUGGGAAGCUUUCAAGAUAUUCUGGGACCGCCUCCCCGAGCAAGAGGAGUACCAAAGCUGGAUGAACCAAUGCCAGGAGGGCACAGUCACAGCACAAUAUAUUGGCAGCCACUUUAGCCAAUCAGAGGAGCAUCAGGCUCUGGUUAAAAAGAGAAUGUCAGAGCCAGGUUUGAAAAGUAGUGAUGAGCCCAACCGGUCCUGGCAACAUAUGUGCAGCACUCUGACACAGCGAACACCGGAAGCCGUUGAAGCUCCUGAGCUAGAGGACACAGUUGAAGGAGAGGAGGUGGAGGAAGCAGCCGCCGCUGUCCCAGAGGUGGAGGAGAGUCCAUUUGUCAUUGUGGAACCAAUUUUGGAAAUGUAUCUAGAAUACUGGUUAGGUUAUUAG